GGGGUGUUUAUCUCCGAAGGCAGCUGAGCUGCCUCCCGUUUCAUGACCAGAGCAGUGGAAUGCAGUGGAAGAGACCCAGGCCUCCGGCCACCCAGAUUAGAGAGUUUUGUGCUGAGGUCCCUAUAUGGUUGUGUUAGACUGAACGCCGGGCUCAAGUCAGUCUUUGUUCCUUGUUUGGGAAGCAAGUGGGAGGGGAGCAGGCCAAGGGGCUAUAUAACCCUUCAGCGGUCAGCUUCCCUGAACACCGUCCAGAGCGGAGAAGCCCAGCCGAGCAUUGUCAGGGACCCUGUGAAGUAGCUCCAGCCGAGAUGUGUGAAGAAGAGGACAGCACUGCCCUGGUGUGUGACAAUGGCUCUGGGCUCUGUAAGGCCGGCUUUGCUGGGGACGAUGCUCCCAGGGCUGUUUUCCCAUCUAUUGUGGGACGUCCCAGACAUCAGGGGGUGAUGGUGGGAAUGGGACAAAAAGACAGCUACGUGGGUGACGAAGCACAAAGUAAAAGAGGAAUCCUGACCUUGAAGUACCCGAUAGAACACGGCAUCAUCACCAACUGGGACGACAUGGAAAAGAUCUGGCACCACUCCUUCUACAAUGAGCUUCGUGUUGCCCCUGAAGAGCAUCCAACCCUGCUCACCGAGGCACCCCUGAACCCCAAGGCCAACAGGGAGAAAAUGACCCAGAUUAUGUUUGAGACUUUCAAUGUGCCAGCCAUGUAUGUGGCUAUUCAGGCGGUGCUGUCCCUCUACGCCUCUGGACGUACAACUGGCAUUGUGCUGGACUCUGGAGAUGGUGUCACCCACAACGUGCCCAUCUAUGAGGGCUAUGCCCUGCCCCACGCCAUCAUGCGUCUGGACCUGGCUGGCCGAGAUCUCACCGACUACCUCAUGAAGAUUCUGACUGAGCGUGGCUAUUCCUUUGUGACUACCGCUGAGCGUGAGAUUGUCCGGGACAUCAAGGAGAAACUGUGUUAUGUAGCUCUGGACUUUGAAAACGAGAUGGCUACUGCCGCGUCCUCCUCCUCUCUGGAGAAGAGCUAUGAGCUGCCCGAUGGGCAAGUGAUCACCAUCGGGAAUGAGCGCUUCCGCUGCCCAGAGACCCUGUUCCAGCCAUCCUUCAUUGGGAUGGAAUCUGCUGGCAUCCAUGAAACCACCUACAACAGCAUCAUGAAGUGCGAUAUUGACAUCAGGAAGGACCUCUAUGCUAACAACGUUCUCUCUGGGGGCACCACCAUGUACCCCGGCAUUGCCGACCGCAUGCAGAAGGAGAUCACUGCCCUAGCACCCAGCACCAUGAAGAUCAAGAUCAUUGCCCCUCCGGAGCGCAAAUACUCUGUCUGGAUUGGCGGCUCCAUCCUGGCCUCUCUGUCCACCUUCCAGCAGAUGUGGAUCAGCAAACAGGAGUACGACGAAGCUGGGCCCUCCAUUGUCCACCGCAAAUGCUUCUAAAACACUACCCCGCUCUCUGUCUCUAGCACGCAACUGUGAAUGUUUUGUGGAAUAAUGCCUUCAGUUCUUUUCCAAAUCUUUCCUGGCCAAAGCUCUGACUCGUUACCUAUGUGUUUUUUAAUAAAUCUGAAAUAUGUUACUGGUAA